AUCAUAUUUAAGAUUUUGGAGCUAUUUGAGUCGAGACAGGACCACAUUCCCUGGCCACACUAUUCACACCAACUUUUAUUCUCCAUAACACUGACUCACUGAAAGAGACUCUCAAAAACACAAACACAACACACACAGAUCAAAAGAGAAAAUGGAGAGAAAAGUUAUGGUUGUUUGCUGCUUUGUGGGCUUCUUAGGGCUCUUGUCUGCUGUAACCAGCUUUGCUGCUGAAGCUACAAGGAUUAAGGCUUCUCAAAUUCAGUUUAUUUCACCAAAUCAGUGCACGUAUCCUCGAAGUCCGGCUUUACCACUUGGUUUAACUGCGGCGCUGACCCUUAUGAUAUCUCAAAUUAUCAUAAAUAUUUCAACUGGCUGCAUUUGUUGCAGAAGAAGUGUGCGGGUCCCUGAUUCCAAUUGGACUGUGGCACUGGUCUGCUUUGUUUUCUCCUGGUUCACGUACGUAUUCGCGUUUCUCCUGUUGCUAACCGGUGCUGCACUGAACGAUCAGCGCGGACAAGAGAGUGUAUACUUUGGCACCUACUACUGCUAUGUUGUAAAACCUGGAGUGUUUGCUGGUGGUGCAGUUUUAUCCCUUGCUAGUGUUGCAUUUGGAAUUAUGUAUUACAUAACCAUAAUGAAGGGAAAGAAUGGUAGCAACACUUUUGGUGAUUCAUCAUAUCCUAAUCAAGGGACCAUAGCCAUGGGACAACCACAGAUUCCAACUCAAAUAAAUCAAGACCCAGUAUUCGUGCACGAAGACACAUACGUAAGACGACAGUUUGGUCUUUUUGAUUAACUGUUUGUCAAUAUUAAAAACUCAGGGUCGUAUAACUCAGUUUCCAUGACUUGAUUUUUUUUGGAAAUUGCUUUAGUCAAAACUUGGUUUAUAUGUAUUGCUAGGAUUUAGUACUGUUUUAUUAGUUUCGUGUACAUGUUUCACCGAAAAAUGCAUUCAGAUAUUAUGAAUUUCGUCCUGUUUAUAAUUGGAUGCUCCAUUCAAAUAAGGUUUUUCAUCGCAGAUGUGUGAUAUUGCACACAUAAAAUUCCAGAUUCAUUCUUGAGGAAUUCAUUCAAGAUUCUCCCCCUAAUCAUUGUUGAACUAUUUAGUACUUAAACUUUGACACUUUGGAUUAAAGGUCUUUGACA